UUUGGUUUCGGUUUUGUUUUUUCACUUUCCCUUUGAAAACGUUUGAAAACACAGGUAGGGCAUAUGCACAUCUUACCAUCCCGGCCACGUCCUCGUCCUCGUCCAGAAACGUUUGAAAGCCUUUUAUUUACUUAAAUUUCAUUGCUUUUUGUUUUCUCUGUCUUCAUUUCUUAUUUUUUCAGAAACAUUCGAUUUGGAUUGGAUGUUUCAGAUUCAAGAUUUUUAUCCCACGAGAAUGCCAGAUCUGAGAAGUGGAGUUCGGCGAUCAAAGAGAGUUAAUAAUGUGCAGGAGAAUCCUGCUGUUAUAGUUCCACCUACUCGCCCUGGUGUUGCAAAAGGGCCAACUGGUAGAGGUAGAGGAAGAGGGACCAGAGCUAUGAAUCAAGGUAAGAAUGCCAAGCCAAUUGGUGCUGGAGUUGGUGGACAGGGACACACAGGAUUGGACUUGCCAAUCGGAAAGUUGGUUGCUGUUCGUGAUGAAUUGGUUGCUCAGAAAAGUGCAGAAAAGUUGGCUGCUGCUGAGGAUGAGGGAAGCACAAGUCCACUUCCUGAAAGGAUACAGAUUGGCAACUCCCCAGUGUAUAAGUUGGAGCGGAAGCUGGGAAAAGGAGGUUUUGGACAAGUAUAUGUUGGAAGAAGGCUGACUGGAGGCAGCGGUUGCUCUGGGCCUGAUGCCUUUGAGGUUGCUUUGAAGUUUGAGCAUCGAAACAGUAAAGGUUGUAGUUAUGGGCCUCCUUAUGAGUGGCAAGUUUACAGCACUCUCAAUGGCUGUUAUGGACUUCCCUUUGUUCAUUACAAAGGUCAACAAGGAGACUACUAUAUCCUAGUCAUGGAUGUUCUAGGCCCAAGUUUAUGGGAUCUUUGGAACACUAACAACUAGAUGCUAUCUGAAGAGAUGGUUGCUUGUAUAGCAGUGGAGGCAAUAUCCAUUUUAGAGCAGCUUCACUGUAGAGGCUUUGUGCAUGGAGAUGUUAAGCCAGAGAACUUUUUGCUUGGUCGACCUGGAACAUCUAAUGAGAAAAAGUUGUAUCUUAUAGAUCUUGGUUUGGCUUCAAGAUGGAAAGAUGCAUCAUCUGGUAGUCAUGUUGAUUAUGACCAAAAGCCUGAUGUUUUUAGGGGAACUGUUCGCUAUGCAAGUGUCCAUGCUCAUUUAGGCAGGACAGGGAGCCGGAGAGAUGACCUUGAGUCUCUUGCUUAUACUUUAAUAUUUCUUCUUAGAGGAAAACUUCCCUGGCAAGGUUACAUUAGAGAGAAUAAAGGUUUUCUUGUUUGCAAGAAGAAGAUGACAACUUCUAUAAAUGAAUCUAGACAUUGGCUUAUCUUAUCCUACAAAAAAGAAGAUGGGGUAGCUGCUGGAGUCUCGGAUCAUGGAGAAUGGGAGGAUCAGUGCUACCGAAAGCAUCGAUCCAUCACUCUUGGGUCAAUAAAGGAAUUCAAUUUUGACAGCACAAAGUCAGAAUUUUCAGAUAAGCCUACCAAUGGCUCAGAGUGGUGGGCUAAUGAAAAAGUAGCUGGAAAGGAAUCUAAGCCUGGCAACGGUUGGACUUUCUUUCCCAUUUUGCAGCCAGGAGUCAGCUAACGUAGAAAAUAUUUCAUCAUAGCUUCCCCUCUGUGAAAGGACUUUGAAAUCAAUUGGAUUUGCAACUGUAAAGCAACUAACCCAUCUGUUGUAAAUCUGGAGUUAUACAAUUUUGAAGAUACGGCUACAGCUUGGCAAAACUUGGGAUCAAAUUGUUGUUGGAUGAAUGGAUGGAUUGCAGAGAUGAAAGAACUGCUUAUGAAUGUGUUAGGAGCAGAAACAAGAUGCAGAGAGGAGAUAAUUUUCUAGGAAUUAGUGUGAGUAUUGAUAGAGCAUUCUUUGUAAUAUUUCUUGAUGUUAUACAAAGGGAUAGCAUUCGCUUAUAGGGGGUUUUGUUGUGGACUACUUUUUCUUGUAAUGUGUAACAAUAAAAAAAUGAAGAAGCUCAUAUUUCCACAUUUUUUAAGAGACCUCUAAAUCAUUUGGUGAUC